AUGGCCAUGGGAUCUGCUGAUUCACAACCAUCUCUCUCGAGUGCUUCACGGCAUCGGAGAAGAUCUAACCGUAACCUGAAAAACACAGAUGAUUCAAAGGAUGGCAUCAAAUUUCUUAUGUGGGCUGCAAUAAUUGCAGCAGCGGUGACAGUUGUUAUGGGUUUCACCUGUACAAAGGUUUACAUGAGUUCUGCUCCAGGUUUAGGCAUCACAGGUUUGGUCAAGAAAGCAAUAUUCGUCGCUUUUGUGCUGUGCAACAGCAUUCCAAUGCUCACUUCUGUUGUAGCACUAAUGCAUCUCCUUUGGGCACAACGUCAGAGUGAUUUCCAACCGAUUCAGAAAGCUAUGCUAAGAGCCAUGGCACUUGUAACAGUUGCUUUUGUGUCUGUUUUGGUUGCUUUUAUGGUCGGAGUUUGUCUCCUGCUGAUCCUUCUCCCAUGGCGUACUUAUUUCAAAUAA